UCAGAGAGAGAGAGAGAGAGAGACAGAGAGAGAGACGAUGGAGGGGUUCUUGGUCAGGAGUGCGGUGGCCGUGGUGCUGUCGCUAGGGAUCGCGGCAAGGGCGUACCUCCACAGGUCGCUCGAUCGAUCGGGGGCGAUUUCGGGGUUCCUGGUGACGGCGAUCCACAUCGCGGCCGGCUACAGAUUCGCCGCGCUCCUGCUGGUCUUCUUCUUCACCUCCUCGAAGCUCACAAAAAUGGGAGAGGAGAAGAAACGGAGCAUCGACGAGGAUUUCAAGGAAGGCGGGCAGCGGAAUUGGAUACAAGUGUUGGCUAAUAGUUGGCUUGCAACUAUUUUGGUAGUGGUGUUCGUAAGUGUAACUGGGGGACAAGAUACCUGCUUGGACACAAAAAAGUCAAAAUUUCUCACUGGCCUCAUUGGUGGCAUUAUUGGACAUUAUGCCUGUUGUAAUGGAGAUACCUGGUCAUCUGAAAUUGGAAUACUUAGCAAUGCUCAACCCAGGCUAAUCACUACCUUCAAGACCGUCCGCAAAGGUACAAACGGUGCAGUCAGUGUGCAGGGACUUGUGGCAGCCACAGCAGCUGGUUUACUUAUCGGGCUUACUUGUGUCAUUGUGGGACUACUCACAGCUGAAUGUGCUACCGAUGCGGUCUUGAAUCAGCUGUUGGCGAUACCAAUCGCUGCAGCAGCCGGGCUGGGUGGUAGCCUGAUCGAUUCAUUACUGGGUGCAACUCUUCAGUUCAGUGGAUACUGUACGGUUCGGAAAAAGGUGGUCGGCAAACGGGCACCGACCGUGAUCAAGAUCUCAGGAACGGACGUGCUGGACAAUAACGCCGUUAAUGCUGUGUCCGUACUGUUGACGACACUGCUAACUGCGGUGGCGUGCAUGUACAUCUUCUGAGGGGGCACCGUUAUCUCUGCCGAGCUUGUACGAUGGAGUAGGUGUCUGUUGCUGCAGGUAAUGAUCCAAAUUAUAAUUCAUAGACUUGCCUGUGACCCUCCAUUUUUCCCCACGUGAUACAAAUGAUGUGCCGUUUGUUACUGGGAAACAUAUUACUGUUGAAGA